UGCAUGUGGCAUUAGUCGUUGUUAGCUUCUGCUACAGUUGUUACAAAACGACCUUUUGGACAAAAUCUGAAAAUUUAGUUUUUUGAUUUCAUCGUCGAAGGCAACGCGUUUCAUUGUUUGGUUGACGGCGCAAACUGGUACACAACGUCCGCUAUCAGGCUAUAUAUUGAGUCACAUUUGAAGAAAUUAUUUUCUCGAGCAUCAAUUGCUUUCCGACCACUCAUUCGAUAACAAUGACUGCAGUGAAAUCCUUUAGCUUCCUAUUUCUAGUCUCCACUGUGCUCACAACACAGGCCUUGAUUUACAAAGAUUGUGGAUCUGUGUGUGGAAAGGUUCGCUCAGUAGCAGUUUCUGGAUGUGAAAACAGCAAUAUAUGCAUACUUAGGUCAGGCCAAAAUGCCAAUUUGACAGUUGUUUUCACUGCAUUGGAAGACACUGAUAAAACCAAGGCUAGUGUCCAUGGAAUAAUUGGAGGAGUACCUCUACCUUUUCCUCUACCACAGACUGAUGCUUGUCAAAAUUCUGGUCUAGAUUGCCCCUUAAGUAAUGGGCAAAAUUAUACUUACACAGCUACCAUUCCAAUAAGCACAGCCUACCCUAAGAUCAAAGUACUAGUAAAAUGGGAGCUGCAAGAAGCCCGUGGAAAAGACCUUUUUUGCAUUGAAAUUCCUUCAGCAAUCCUUUAACACUUUCACAACUUUUGUUGUCAACAAAUAAUUUGUAUUCAACAAAACGAAUAAAAAUUUUUCUCAAACGUA